AUGGCAGAUCGGUUCGCGCAAAACACAUCAAAGUCAACAAACCAAAAGGAAAAGACCAUAAGCAAAAAGGCUAAUCUUAUAUGGAAUGUCGAUGCCACAUGUAGCGGGAAGGCCCUCGACCUUGUCAAGGUCGAGCCCAUAAUACGAGGCAGCUACCGUCUUGAGGCACACGCACACGCUCUGUCGAUCUUCCUUAGUCUUGGCGGCCACAUACAGGCCGUUGACCCCACUGCAACAGCUGCCAAUCGGGCCCUUGUUGGUCACGUAGGCCACGCACGACUGCAGAUACGAGACUACCGACCCACAACCGAUGGCUGCCUCCACUCGGGGCCCGUUAGCCGCCACUACUACCAUCACGGCUAUCGCGAGGACCACGGAUAA